GGUUCGGCCCGGCCCGCAGGUUGAAGCAAAAUGAAGAUUUUUUCAGAGUCUCAUAAAACCGUGUUUGUGGUGGAUCACUGCCCGUACAUGGCAGAAUCAUGCAGACAGCACGUGGAGUUCGAUAUGCUGGUGAAGAAUAGGACCCAGGGAAUCAUCCCUCUGGCGCCCAUCUCUAAGUCAUUGUGGACUUGCUCAGUAGAAUCGUCCAUGGAAUAUUGUAGAAUAAUGUAUGAUAUAUUUCCUUUCAAAAAGCUGGUGAAUUUUAUUGUGAGUGACUCAGGAGCACAUGUUUUAAAUUCUUGGACUCAAGAAGACCAAAAUUUGCAAGAGCUCAUGGCCGCCUUAGCCGGUGUCGGGCCCCCCAACCCACGGGCAGACCCUGAAUGCUGCAGUAUUCUGCAUGGACUUGUGGCCGCCGUGGAGACGCUUUGUAAAAUCACAGAGUACCAGCACGAGGCUCGCACCCAGCUCAUGGAGAAUGCAGAACGGGUAGGCAACCGAGGACGGAUCAUCUGCAUCACGAAUGCAAAGAGUGAUAGCCAUGUGCGAAUGCUUGAGGACUGUGUCCAGGAGACAAUCCAUGAGCACAACAAGCUGGCGGCAAAUUCAGAUCAUCUCAUGCAGAUUCAGAAGUGUGAGCUGGUCCUGAUCCACACCUACCCCGUCGGAGAAGAUAGCCUCGUGUCUGACCGGCCCAAGAAGGAGUUGUCUCCGGUUUUAACCAGCGAGGUGCACAGUGUUCGUGCCGGACGGCAUCUUGCUACCAAGUUAAAUAUUUUAGUACAGCAGCAUUUCGACUUGGCAUCGACAACGAUUACAAAUAUCCCAAUGAAGGAAGAACAGCACGCCAACACUUCUGCCAAUUACGACGUGGAGCUCCUCCACCACAAGGACGCACAUGUGGACUUCCUGAAAAGUGGAGAUACCCACGUCGGCGGCAGCAGCAGAGAAGGCUCCUUCAAGGAGACCAUCACGUUGAAGUGGUGCACCCCGAGGACGAACAACAUCGAGCUGCACUACUGCACGGGCGCCUACCGCAUCUCCCCCGUUGACGUCAACAGCAGGCCGUCCUCCUGCCUCACCAACUUCCUGCUGAACGGCCGCUCGGUCCUGCUGGAGCAGCCGCGGAAGUCGGGUUCCAAAGUCAUCAGCCACAUGCUCAGUAGCCACGGAGGAGAGAUUUUCCUGCACGUCCUCAGCAGCUCUCGGUCCAUUCUAGAAGACCCCCCUUCGAUCAGCGAGGGGUGUGGCGGGAGAGUGACGGACUACCGGAUCACAGAUUUUGGUGAAUUUAUGAGGGAAAACAGAUUAACUCCUUUUCUAGACCCCAGAUAUAAAAUGGACGGAAGUCUUGAGAUCCCUUUGGAACGCGCGAAAGAUCAAUUAGAAAAACACACGCGCUACUGGCCCAUGAUCAUCUCCCAAACCACCAUUUUUAACAUGCAAGCGGUGAUUCCGUUAGCCAGCGUUAUUGUGAAAGAGUCUUUGACAGAGGAAGACGUCCUAAACUGUCAGAAAACAAUAUACAACCUCGUGGAUAUGGAGAGGAAGAACGACCCUCUGCCUAUCUCCACAGUCGGUACCCGAGGAAAAGGCCCCAAGAGAGACGAGCAGUACCGGAUCAUGUGGAAUGAGCUGGAAACCCUGGUCAGGGCCCACAUCAGCAACUCGGAGAAGCACCAGAGGGUCCUGGAGUGCCUGAUGGCGUGUCGCAGCAAACCUCCCGAGGAGGAAGAGCGGAAGAAGCGCGGGAGGAAGAGGGAGGACAAGGAGGACAAGUCCGAGAAGGCCAUGAAGGAUUACGAGCAGGAGAAGCCCUGGCAGGACUCCGAGAGGCUAAAGGGAAUCCUGGAACGCGGCAAGGAGGAGUUGGCCGAAGCUGAGAUCAUAAAGGAUUCUCCCGACUCCCCAGAACCUCCAAACAAAAAGCCCCUCCUGGAGGUGGACGAGACUCCGCCCGCAGAGAAAUCCAAAGGGCCCGUGUCCCUGCUGGCCUUGUGGAGCAGCCGGAUCAAUACCGCCAAUUCCAGGAAGCACCAGGAGUUCGCUGGCCGCUUGAACUCGGUCAAUAACAGAGCCGAAUUGUAUCAGCAUCUGAAAGAGGAAAAUGGAACGGAGCCGGCCGAGAGCGGGAAGGGCGGCCGGCAGUGAGGGCGCGCGGGCACUCGCCGAGGGGCUCGGGCAGCUUGGUGAGGAUUCGACAGUGACGUGGCCUGGACUGGUUUUUACAUUUUUAAAAUAUUUCCACAAACUUUAUCUUUUUGUAUUGUAAGAUUGGCGCAUAUGUCAAAGAUAUACAUCGAGAUUUGUCUUCUUCCAAAUCACACGAAUUUAUUUUACGGUAAAGGAUGUUCCCUCUGGAAAUGUUUGUUUGGUUUUUUUUUUUUUUUUUUUUUAAAGUUCUUAUACUUCUCUUUGCCAAAUAAAACUCCGAGAAAUAUCUUAAAGGGGGAAAAUACCAGAGUAUUCCUUUAGAAAAUAUAUUGUUCAUUUAAGGACCAACAACUUGAGGAAAGUAAAAAUAU